AUGCGGUUGGCCUGGUUCGGCACACUGUAUGCUGCUGCAAUUACAGUUUGCCGACGCAGCGAAAACGACGAUCUCAGGGACUACGUUUGCGAUCAUUCAGGAUACGAGGUCAACCUGUUUUCUCACGCUCCUUUAGUCAUCUACAUCACCAAUUUUGUAACACCUUUUGAGCGAGAGCAUCUCAAAAAAAUCACAAACGGGACAUUCGCUCGCUCUAACGUCGCCUCAAAUGGAGGGGAUGUGGUUUCAUCCCACCGGACCUCACAAUCAACAACCGUUGUGCCUGAUGCUGUUACACAAUGCAUUCUAGAGAGGGCACGACAGUUCCAAGGUCUCCAUACGCCAGCUACUCAUCUAGAGCCGAUUCAGUUGGUCAAGUAUGGUCUUGGGGAGCAGUAUCACUUUCACACGGACUGGUUCCAAGUCGACUCGGGCGAGCACGGCUCCGUGGUAAAGGGCGGCAACCGCGUGAGCAGUUUCUUUACGUACGUGGGCGUCAGCAGCGAUAUUGCUGGCGGAGGAACGAAUUUCCCUCGGCUUCAGUCGCCGCCGGGGAAAGGCUGGUGUAGAUACGUCGACUGCGAUGAGCCGUGGGAUGCGGGCGUCACGUUUCGACCAGUGGAGGGCAAUGCCGUGUUUUGGACAAAUUUGCUCAGCGAUGGCGAGGGCGAUGAUCGGGUUUUGUAUGCAGGCCUGCCCAUUGUUCGCGGACAGAAAUUGGGAAUGAAUAUCUGGACGAAACAAGGCCCUUUCAAUUGA